AUGGAAGUUGGAGCGAAGUCCAAGAGCAAUCCCAGCAUUGAGUUCAUGAGGGCUAUAUGUAUGUACAUGCAAGACACAGUUGAGCUGAUGCAAGUGCAGGCCCAACCACCUCCCGUACCCACUUAUCCAAGUGAUAUUCCAUACGCCACUGAUUUCUACCAGCCCCAAUAUGAUAUUCAGCACAACAUCUACCCUGAGUAUCAGUACAACCCUAACUUGGCCGGAAUCGAUCCCGCUAGUCCAUUUCAGCCCUAUACCGGCGACUACCAGUCUGAGUUCGAAGACGAGCCCCCACUUAUCGAAGAACUGGGAAUAAACUUCAAGCACAUUUUUCGAAAAACGUUUAUAGUGCUUUUCCCUUUUCUGAACUCUGGCAACAAUUUGCUCAUUGACGAGGACUUUUCUGGACCUAUCAUCUUCGGGCUUAUUUUGGGACUUGUCCAGCUAUUGUUUGGAAGGGUUCACUUUGGCUAUAUCUACGGUGUAGGGAUCACUGGAUCAAUCCUAAUCUAUGUUUUUCUGAACUUGAUAAGCGAUACUGGGUUGAAUUUUCUGUCAACUGUUUCUGUUUUGGGUUAUUGCCUACUCCCCAUAGACAUAUUAUCCAUUCUUUCAACUACUGUACCCAGAUUUGUCCUCCAAAUGAUUGCACCUUUUUUUAUCCUGUGGUCAGCUCUCUCGGCUAGCCUGCUUUGCGUCAUAGGCGCCUCACUGGUCCAGCAACGAUCGCUGGUCGCCUACCCGCUGUUUCUGUUUUAUGCUUCGUUCGCCCUCCUCAACGUCUUUUAAAUAUCGCCUCGUCCAUCCGUAAUGUGAUGCAUGCGCGCAUCCUUGUUCAACAAAGCAUUCGUGUGCCAACGCCGCCUCUCGAGCAUUUGGCACACAUGGUGGUUUUGCGCGCACCCCAGAACCCAGACCCUUCCACGUCAGCUUCUCUGCAAAGACAUCAUCUAUCUUGCGAAAUUCAACAUUUUAUUUUGCGCCAAUUUCCGG